AUGGGGAUCAGGCACCUCCUGCUGCUGCUCAUAUACCUGGACCCGCUGAGCGUGCUGAGCGCCGCCGACGCCGCGGGGGGCGGGAAGAAGGCGAAGCAAGCGGCCAAAAAGGGUCCCGGCAGGCCGCGGGAAGCCAACGUCACCGAGGCGGCCCCCACGGCGGCGCCGCAGAAGACGGUCCAGGUCCAGCCGCCGGCCGCCAGCAACCACGACACCUGCCUGGGCUACUACGACGUGAGCGGCCACUACGACAAGAUGUUCGAGUGCAACAACACGGACCACCGCUUCUGCUGCGGGACGUGCCACCUGCGCUUCUGCUGCGAGUACAAGAAGGACCGGCUGGACCAGAAGGCCUGCAAGAACUACCACAAGCCCGACUGGGCGCCGGCGUUGGUGCCGUCGCCCGUCCCGACGGGGGAGACGUACGACCCGAGCAUGGACCAGACCAACACGGCCGUCUACAUCACCUGUGGGAUCAUAGCCUUCAUCAUAGUGCUGGGGGUGUCCGUCAAAGUUGCCUACGACAAAGCCACAGAGCCGCCUCAGGAAAUGAAUAUUCACAGGGCCCUUGCAGACAUUUUGAGGCAGCAGGGGCCCAUACCCAUAUCGCAAUACGACUGUGAGAACUUCGCGGCGAUGAAUGGCUCACCCAAAGACAACACACCAAUCAGAACCUCAUCCAAGAACCACUACACCCCUGUCCACACCUCCAAAUCCAACCAUGGUCUCCACUAUGGCAAGGAGAGUGUUCGCAGCAGUGGUGGUCAUGACCUUCACAACUUCAUCUCGUCGGGCUUUGUGACAUUGGGCCGUGGCCAUCAGAAAGGGGAAAAACAUUGGCCGGUCCGCUCCCAGAGUCAUCAUGGAACCCAUCAGCACAGCUAUAACCAUGUGGCUCUAGGUAGCCCCACACGCACACCUAAGAAUGCUCACCGAUCACUGAGACGCGAGAACACGCGGAUGAGCGGCAUCCUGACCUCGCAGACGGAGCCCUACGACCUGUCGUUCUCGCGCUCCUUCCAAAGCCUGUCCCACCUGCCGCCCUCCUACGAGGCGGCCAUGAAAGCUGACCUCAACCGGUACUCCUCCCUGAAGAAACUCACAGAUAAAGAAGUAGAUGAUUACUACUCCCGUAAGCGGCACCUGCCGGAUCUGGCAGCAAGAAGUACGCUUCCCUUACAUGUGAUCAAAAUGAGCCAAGAACAGCACCGUGAACAACAGCAGCUGCAGAGUCAGCCCCCCCAGCCCUCCGUCUCCCAGGCCCCUUCCCAGUCCUCACAGCAGCAAUCCCAGCAGAGGCAGAGGCCUCGUCGCGUCCAGCGGGCCAUGUCCCAAGACCGUGUGCUGUCCCCACAGAAGGCCCCACAGCAAGACUACAGCAUGUCCUCCUCCAACGGCAUGUCCCCAUACGGGGGCCGCAUUCUCUCUGACGAGCAGCUCCUGUCCGCUGAGCGUCUGCGCUCCCAGGAGCGCCUUCUGCCCCAGGACCGCCUCUCCUCUCAAGACCGGCUGUAUUCAAAAGACCGCAUGUAUUCCAAGGACCGUCUGCUGUCGCAGGACCACCUGUACUCCAAGGACCGCCACUAUUCUCAAGACCGCCUCUACUCUCAAGAGCGCCUCUACUCACAGGACCGCCUGCUAUCCCAGGAUCCUCUGCUCUCGCCGGACAAGUUGAUGAGGUCACUGAAGCGUGGCAUGGUUAGCAGUGUCUCCGGGGGUUUCCGUGGCAGCGACAAGUCAAUAUCGCGUGCCAUCUCGCACACGGACGUGUUCAUGCCGACCACACCGCUCAUGGACCGCUACAAGAUGACCAAAAUGCACUCCCAUCCCAGUGCCUCCAACAAUGGCAGUGGGGCGCCAGGAGCAGUGGGCACCGGGCACUCCAACACGUUAGCCAUGAACCAGACAGCCUCUAAGCGGCAGGCAUUUGCCUCCAGACGGACCCACACCGUAGAACAGCUCCACUACAUCCCACAGCACCACCAGCAGCAGCAGCAGCAGCAACAGCCACAACACUACCGCACAGGCAGCAAAACUGAAGUGACUGUGUAA